AGCUCUAUAAAACGAAGCCCACCUCCCUUGUGAUCUGGGAGGCCGGCUUUUGAGCUUCUGAGUAGGAGAAAAUCUUUUCUGGUCUGAGUUUUUUGUGGAUAAGCCUUCUUAUCGCUUCCAAGCUUCUUCUUCUUCUUCUUCUUCUCUCUCUGGUUCACGAUGCCGGCCGGAGGGUUCUCGGUGGCGGCGCCGCCGGGCACCGAAUUUGAGGCGAAGAUUACGCCAAUUGUCAUCGUCUCUUGCAUCAUGGCUGCCACCGGAGGGUUAAUGUUUGGAUACGACGUUGGUGUUUCAGGUGGUGUGACAUCGAUGAACGAUUUUUUGCUUAAAUUCUUUCCUAAGGUGUAUCGAAAAAAGAAUGAGCCAGGGCUGGACAGCAACUACUGCAAGUAUGACAAUCAAGGCCUCCAAUUGUUCACCUCCUCCCUCUAUCUGGCUGGCCUCACUGCCACCUUCUUUGCCUCCUACACUACUCGCCGCCUUGGCCGGAGGCUGACAAUGCUCAUCGCCGGCAUCUUCUUCAUCAUCGGAGUCAUCUUCAAUGGAGCCGCCCAAAACCUUGGCAUGCUUAUAGUUGGCAGGAUUCUUCUUGGUUGUGGUGUAGGAUUUGCUAAUCAGGCAGUGCCUCUAUUCCUCUCGGAGAUUGCACCCACCAGAAUCCGUGGGGGUCUCAACAUCCUGUUUCAGCUCAAUGUCACCAUCGGCAUCCUCUUUGCCAACCUUGUCAACUACGGAACUUCCAAAAUCCACCCAUGGGGAUGGAGGCUGUCUCUCUCGCUCGCCGGCAUACCGGCCGUCCUCCUGACAGUCGGCGCACUCUUUGUGGUCGACACCCCUAACAGUCUCAUCGAGCGCGGCCGCCUGGAGGAAGGCAAGGCGGUUCUCCGGAAGAUCCGCGGCACCGACAACAUCGAGCCCGAGUUCAAUGAGAUCCUUGAGGCCAGCCGCAUUGCCCAGCAAGUGAAGCACCCUUUCCGCAAUCUCCUCAAGCGCCGCAACAUCCCCCAGCUCACCAUCGCCAUCCUCCUCCAGAUCUUCCAGCAAUUCACUGGCAUCAACGCCAUCAUGUUCUACGCGCCGGUCCUCUUCAACACGCUGGGCUUCAAGAGCGAUGCGUCGCUCUACUCCGCGGUGAUCACCGGCGCCGUCAACGUGCUGUCGACGGUCGUGUCCAUCUACUCGGUGGACCGGGUGGGGCGGCGGGUGCUGCUCCUGGAGGCCGGAGUGCAGAUGUUCCUAUCCCAGGUGGUGAUCUCGGUCAUCCUUGGCAUCAAGGUCACCGACCACUCGGACAACCUCAGCCAUGGAUAUGCCGUUUUCGUGGUGGUGAUGGUGUGCACCUUCGUGUCGGCGUUUGCGUGGUCCUGGGGGCCGCUGGGGUGGCUCAUCCCCAGCGAGACGUUCCCCUUGGAGACGCGCUCGGCGGGGCAGAGCAUAACGGUGUGUGUGAACCUGCUCUUCACCUUCGUCAUCGCGCAGGCCUUCUUGUCCAUGCUCUGCCACCUCAAGUACGGCAUCUUCGCCUUCUUCUCGGGGUGGGUGGUGGUGAUGUCGCUCUUCGUGCUCUUCCUCCUGCCGGAGACGAAGAACGUGCCCAUUGAAGAGAUGACGGAGAGGGUGUGGAAGCAGCACUGGUUCUGGAAGCGGUUCAUGGAUGAUGAUGAUGCUGAAAAGAAUAACGAGAUCAAUGGCGCCAAGGGGCUGCAGCCAUAGGAGAGGGAGCAGCUCGUUUGGAAGAAUACACAUGUUUCCCUUUUUUUGGGGUGCCCACUUCACCCACAUAUACCAACCGAUAUACGGAGGUUAAACGGAUUUUUAUAAUUAGUUAAUUAUACUGAUUGCAAUAGUAGUAAAUUUAUGUUGGAGUAGAGUUUUCAUUAUGAAUUGUAAUUGAUUGUCAGUUCACAGAAAUUGGAUCAGAUUAAAUUAGUCCUA